AUGUUAAAUAGCGAAGGUCCACCGCAAAAAGAUGUUAACGGCUGGAAAAAGGUAUGGUCCGAUUGGAAAGGGUGCAUCAGGAAGAAAAUCGCCCACAACAAGAAUGAAAGCAGAGCCACUGGAGGAGGGCAAUUUAAUAAAUUUACCCUGACCCCCAGUGAGGAAGAAAUUGCACGAAUCUGUGGGAUAUACACGGCGGUGGAAGGCAUUGGAAAUAGCGCUGCAUUUGGAGUGAACGUUAACGAUGACGAAAACAAUUCUUUGGAUGGAAUUUUAUGUAUUGAAGAAAUUUCCAGCGGCGGACCAAAGUCCACACCACGCAAACGACGGCAUGAGGACAAUGUACAAGAUUGCCUCAAGAAGCACAUGGCAGCAGAAGCAGGUGCAGUUGAGAAGAUAUCCAAUACAUUGGAUCUUCUCACUGCGAAUAUGGAUAAAUUGACAAAAUUAGUCGAGAAACAAAACCAGCUUAUAGCCGAACAAAACGACGAUCGUCGAAAAUAUUAUCUGGCCAAGCAAGAAAGCUUGAUGGCUAAAAAUGUUAUUAAGCAAAAGAUGCUUGAAAUAGAAGAAAUCCGAGUACAAAGGGAAUUUUUUUAA